AUGUCUAGCUAUAUCGACGAAAACAAGGCAAAAUAUAUUCAACGAUUAAGUGAUGCUGUUGCUAUUCCAUCAGUAUCAUCAUGGACAGAACAACGACAUGAAUGUAUAAGAAUGGUAAACUGGACACAAGAUCUCUUACGGACAUAUGGUAUGACAGUUGAAUUAGCCGAUGUUGGUCAACAAGAAUUACCUGAUGGUACAAAAAUUCCACUACCGCCUGUUAUAUUAGCUACAUAUGGAAAUGAUAAGUCGAAGAAAACAAUUUUGAUUUAUGGUCAUCUAGAUGUGCAGCCAGCAUUGGUGAGUGACGGAUGGGAUACCCAACCGUUUGAGUUAACAGAAAAAAAUAAAAAAUUGUUUGGACGAGGUAGUACAGAUGAUAAAGGACCAGUCCUUAGUUGGAUCAAUGUCAUUGAAGCAUAUCAGCAGUUAAACGAACCAUUACCAGUUAAUGUGAAGUUCGUAUUAGAAAGUAUGGAGGAAUGUGGUAGCGAAGGAUUAGAAGAUUUAUUGAAAUCAUUAAAAAAAACAUAUUUAAUGGAUGUGGAUUAUGUUGUUAUUUCCGAUAGCUAUUGGUUGGGCAAGGAGAAACCCUGUCUCCAAUAUGGACUUCGUGGUAUCUGCUAUUUUUUCGUCGAAGUAGAAUGUUCAACAAAAGAUCUCCAUAGUGGCUGUUUUGGCGGAACAAUUCAUGAAGCUAUGACGGAUUUAGUUGCAAUUCUUGAUUCAUUAGUUGAUGAAAAAGGUUGUAUAAAAAUCAAUGGUAUGUACGAUGAUGUUGCACCAAUACAUCCGCAAGAAGAAGAUGUUUACAAAGCUAUUACAUUUGACGUUAAAAGUUAUUGUGCUGAAGCUGGUGUUAAACAAGUAAUACAAGAAAAUGAUAAAGAGAAAGUUCUUAUGCAUCGUUGGAGAUAUCCAUCAUUAUCAAUUCAUGGAAUUCAUGGUGCAUUCGAUGGAGUUGGUUGUAAAACUGUUAUUCCUCGAAAAGUGACGGGCAAAUUUUCUAUUCGUAUUGUUCCAAACAUGAAAAUAAAAACUGUAGAAAAAUUAAUUGAAAAGCACGUUGAUAAUAUAAUGAAAAAUAUACGUCAUUCACCAAAUAAAUAUUCUGUGAAAUUAGAACAUGGAGGUGACUACUGGGUAGCCGAUUUCAAUGAUCCACAAUAUUUAGCUGCCAGAAGAGCAACGCUUGCGGUUCAUGGUAUUGAACCUGAUUUAACGAGAGAAGGCGGUUCAAUUCCAAUAACCAUUACAUUCCAAGAACUAACAGGCAAAACAGUUUUACUUUUACCAAUUGGUGCUAGUGAUGAUGGAGCACAUUCACAAAACGAAAAAUUUGAUAUUGAAAAUUAUAUGAACGGAAACAUUUCAAGUACACAUUCAGCCAAAAUGUCUUCAGAAGAACAACAGUUACAAAAUGGUACAACUGCUGACUCUCCAGUAUCUGCAGUUGAGAACGCUAAAAAAUCUGAUCCGGAAAGUUCAAAAGUAACAGAACCAGGAGAGAAUGUGGCUGAUGCUUCUGUUAACUCAGAUGAAAAAACCUUAACAACACAGGCUGAUACAACGGUACCUGCAACAUCGUCACCAACGGAUGAACCAACAUCAACAACGACUGGUACUGAACAACAUUCAUUGGAAACACAGAAUGGUAAAUCUUAUCCAAAUUCCGUUAAUAGUAAAGAAAUUUCGGAAGCUGAUGAUCAAUUAGUGACAGUGAAUGGUAAUGCCGAUCACGCGGACGACGAAAAAAAAACGAAUGGUCAUGGUAAACGUGAUAUUGAUUAUGUGAAUAAUGACGGAACAUCAGAAGGAAUAACAACAGCAAAAAAGGUUAAAACUGCUGCAGUGGAAGACGAAGAAAAAGAAGAUGGUGCAAAUAAGAAUGUCCAAGAAAUUUCGGCCGUUUGA